UGUGGGUUGAGCCAGAAAAGAGAAGUUGCUCAACAGGAAACACAGACAGAAGCAAACAUUUCAUAUGUUAAUCUGUCCGUCCGUCUACCUAUCUAUUAUAUUCAUUGGAGCACCAUCUCAACACCAUGUCUCUCCUUUUAGGGAUUGGAUUGCUGACCUGCAUAGCAUCAUCAGAUUUCAGCUCUGUGUUUGUGCUGAAGGGACAGGACAUUUGUCUAGAUGUCCAGGAAAAUGUUCAACUGAAAGAGUUGGAGGUUUUCAAGUGGAGCUUCGGAUCAGCUAAUAUCCUAAGAUGCACUGACACAUUGUCAGUGAGAGUGUCUCCUGGGUACAACAACAGGGUUGAGUUUUAUAAGGGAAACUUCUCUCUGCUACUGAAGAACAUACAGGAAGGAGACAGUGGACCUUAUACUGCAGUAGUGAGUGGUGACAAAGAAAAUACUAUUAUUGUACACCAGUUAGUUCUCCAAGAGAGAGUUGAGCCUCCAGUCCUGACAUUGGACUCUAACUCCACCAUCAAUGGCAACUGUAACGUGACUGUGACCUGCAGAGGCCAGAAAACCUCUGUCACCUCCAGCUGUAACAGCAGCACCUGCUCUCAGGUGGGAGGAGAGAGUAGAGGGGCUGAGACCUCCACUGUCCCCCUGCUCUCUGUCUAUGUGGCAGGGGGUUCCAUCAUCUGUAACCACAGCAACCAAGUCAGCUGGGCCAACGACACCAAGGAGAUAGUGGAACUCUGUCCAAUGAAAUCUGCAGAAAUUCAUCCAGGAAUGGACUCUACAAGGUGUUGAAUGCGUUCCACAGGGAUGCUGGCCCAUGUUGACUCCAAUGCUUCCCACAGUUGUGUCAAGUUGUGUGGAUGUCCAAGCUCAACAAUAAAUUGUUCAGUUUGAAAAACCAAGCAGUCUUGGAGUUCUUGACAAAACCAGUGUGCCUGGCACCUACUAGCAUCCCCAGACACAGAGGAGGAAGUGCAAACAGGAGGAAGUGUCUAAUCUGUGAGAGGAACUGUAACAUAUUGUUUGUUUGUUGUGAACCAGUGUCUCCCCCUGCUGGUAGCAUGUCUAUGUGCAUGCUGAAGAUCAUCCUGGUGUCUGUGGGGCUGGUCAUCAUGAUCUCUGCUGUCAUCACUGUCCACAUCAGGCACAGAUUCCACUAUGGAUAG